AUGGCUCGCCCAGCAAAGAAAGCCGCUUCACCAAAGAAGGCCGCAAAGACUGUCAAAUCUCCAAAGGAGAAGAAACAACGCGCCAAGAAGGACCCAAAUGCGCCAAAGCGCGGCAAAUCCGGCUACAUGUUCUGGUUGGCGGACAAUCGUGCUCGUUUGACCAAGCCCGGCAUGGCCGUCACUGAGGUUUCCAAGGCCGCUGGAGUCGAGUGGAACAACCUGAAGGACAAGACAAAGUGGGAGAAACUCGCCACCGCCGAUAAGGCUCGUUACGAGAAAGAGAAGGCCGCCUACAAGGGAGGUUCACCCAAGAAGACUGCCGCCAAGAAGAAG